UUAAAAAGGGAACAGGAAAGAGCUUCCACCCAUCCACAGGGAAGUUUGCACAGCGCGGUAGCCAGAAGUUCGCGCAAACAGACUUCACCUUUCCGGGCCUGAAACCCGUCUCCCAGACUCUCCCGAGGGCCCUGCCGGGGGCGGAGCUCGGUGCCGGAGGCUUACGGGACGCCAGCGCGGGGCAGCGCUGCCCGGCGACGCGUAAAGUUUCUCCAGGUCUCGCCUCCCGCGUCUGACCGUCCGCUCGGGGACUGCGGGACGGAGGCGCCCCAGAACGCGCUCUGCGCUCAGUUCCAUGCGGGAGCCGAGGGGCUGAGACCGCCUGGCGGACGGGAGGAGCGCUUCCGAGCGGCGGGGCCAGGACGCGGAGGACCGCGGGCGCGGGGCCGCCGCCUUCGGAGGGGCCGCAGCGGGUCUGGAGAGGAAGAUGCUCCAGGUGUCGGUGCUGUGUGUGUGCGCAGCCGCCUGGUGCGGCCCGGCUCUGGCGCUGCCUGCGGCCGCCGGGCGGCCGGACGGAGGGAAUUUCCUGGAUGACAGACAAUGGCUCACCACCGUGUCUCAGUACGACCAGGGCGCCGGGCAGUGGAACAAAUUCCGAGACGAAGUAGAGGAUGAUUAUUUCCACACUUGGAGUCCUGGAAAGGCCUUCGAUCGGGUUUUAGAUCCAUCUAAAGAUCCAUGCUUAAAGAUGAAAUGUAGUCGCCACAAAGUAUGCGUCGCGCAAGAUUCUCAGACUGCAGUCUGCGUUAGUCAUCGGAGGCUCACACACAGUAUGAAGGAUGCAGGAAUUGGCCAUAAACCAUGGAGGGGUCCCGUAUCAUCCACCUGCAAGCAGUGCCCGGGGCUCUAUGCCAGCCCUGUCUGUGGUUCAGAUGGUCAUACCUACUCCUCUCAGUGCAAGCUAGAAUAUCAGGCAUGUGUCUUAGGAAAACAGAUCUCAGCCAAAUGUGAAGGGCGUUGCCCAUGUCCUUCAGAUACACCCACGAGUACAAGCAGAAACAUUCUGAGAGCGUGCAGUGGCCUGGAGUUCAGGGAGGUGGCAAACAGAUUGCGGGACUGGUUCAAGGCCCUUCAUGAAGGCAGAAGUCAGAACAAGAAGACAAAGGCACUACUGAGGCCCGAAAGGAGCAGAUUUGACACCAGUAUUUUGCCCAUUUGCAAGGAUUCGCUUGGUUGGAUGUUUAACAGACUUGAUACAAACUAUGACCUGCUGCUGGACCAGUCUGAGCUUGGAAGCAUUUACCUUGAUAAGAACGAACAGUGCACCAAGGCAUUCUUCAAUUCUUGUGACACGUACAAGGACAGUUUGAUAUCUAACAAUGAAUGGUGCUACUGCUUCCAGAGACAGCAAGACCCACCUUGCCAGACGGAGCUCAGCAAUAUUCAGAAGCGACAGGGGAUGAAAAAGUUCCUAGGGCAGUACAUCCCCCUGUGCGAUGAAGAUGGUUACUACAAGCCAACCCAAUGCCAUGGCAGUGUGGGGCAGUGCUGGUGCGUCGACAGAUACGGAAAUGAAGUCGUAGGAUCCAGAACCAGUGGUGGUGCCGACUGUGCUGUUGAUUUUGAGAUCUCUGGAGAUUUUGCGAGCGGAGACUUCCAUGAGUGGGCUGAGGAUGAGGAUGAUGAAGAUGCCCUCAUGAAUGACGAGGACGAGAUCGACGAUGACGAUGAAGACGCAGGGGACGACGACGGUGACGGCGACGACCGUGAUGGCGACAUCUGACCGAUGAGGGCUGAGACCCACCCACCCCACACGAAGCAAAAGGUACCUACUGAGAGGUACCUUCUUGCCCCAAAACAAAAUGAUUCUAAAACUCACAUAUAUUUUGUAUAAUUAUUUCAGAUACUACAGCUAAAAUCAUAGAGCUUUAUGUUUCAAUAAGAGUCAUUUCUUUGAGUUUUUAUAUGCCUUAGAGAAAAAGAAAAUGCAUAUGCAGUCUAACCAGUGCCAGACAAAAGAGAGUUGUGAAGAGCUACUGAUAGAAACGCCCACGUUUUCAUAGGAACAAACUAUGUAAAUCUCCCACAACCCAGUGACAACCAGAGUUUAGGGUCAUAUGCAUUCUUUUUCUGAGAGAUAUUCUAAAUUAAAUUUUCAAUGACUUGUCAAUGACCUGGGUCCCAAGAAUUUUAUAAAAAUAUGCAUGACAUUGCAGUUCAAAGUAGCAUCUUCCCAAACCUAGGCUGAGUUAGAGACAAGCGAGGGGUAUCACAGGGUAAGGAAACAAGGUGACGUCUGCAGAGACCUUCAUUGUGUUUACAUUAAUAGUGAUAUUUUUUUCCAUUAUGAAAUCAUUCUGGAUAUGAGAAGCUAUUUUACAAAAUGCCAAGUAUAGAAAACCAUGGAUUCUGAAAGUUAAAAAUGUAGUUGUCCUUUCUAAUUUUUAUUUUAGUUUGAAUAGUGGUCUUGUGUAGAUUUUUUUUUUUCUUUAAUAUUCUUACGCGGCAUGAUUUCUUUACCUUUAUAGGUUUCUUUGUCCUUCUGACCAGCAACUUAGGGCACAAAGUUUAUAGUAGGAAUACAAAGGGAAAGAUUCAUUUAAACGGUAUUUCCACAGAAAGUUUGUCAUUUGCCCCAAUGUCAAAUUUUUAAUCUCUGAAUUCUUAUUUUAUUUGCUAUUUUAGAU